AUGGUUAUAGGUAUUAUACCUAUUGAUGAUGAAGUUGUUGUACCUCCUAUUACUCCUGCUGCUGAUCCUUCUGCUGCUGCUGAUGGUCAUGGUGCUGCUGCUCCUAUUGAGGAGGGUAGUGGGGAGAGAGGGGAGAAGAAAGAUGGUUCUGUUGCUGCUGCUGCUGCUGCUGCUGCUGCAAAUUAUGAGGGGGAUGCAGCAGAUAAACAACAGGCAGAGAGUGCAGCAGCUACUGCAGCAACUACACCACCUACUGCAGCAGCAGCAGGUGCAACAGCAGCAACAGCAGCAGCAGCAGAAGAUGGAGAAGCAAUAGAAAUUGAUAAACCUGCAGAAGAAACAAAACAGCUAGAUAAACAGCAGCAAGACCAACAGCAACAGCAGCAACAGCAGCAGCAGCAACAGCAGCAGCAACAACAACAUGUUGUACAGAUGCAGCGUGCAUGCUUACGUAUACCUACAGGAUGGAAAAUGUUAUGCAGCGGUGCUGCUGCUGCUGCUGCUGCAUAUCCGCAGCACAUAGGAGCAGCAGCAGCAAAUAGGGAGACGCAGCAAACAGUUAAGGCUGUAUUAAGUACUGCAACAAGAAGACAAGCAGCAGCAGCAGCAGCAGCAAAAAAAGGAGGAGAUAAAAAGAAAAAAAAUAAAUCUAAUGAUAAUAAUACAGAUAAUAAAUCUAAAAGCGCUAACCAAGAGACUGAUAUGGCCGUCGAUUCUGCCAAACCCGCAGAGACAAAGAAGUAA